GUUCAUAGUCCCCAUCUCUUUCUCGUUUUUCAACUUGAGAUACGAAAAUGCAACUCUUUGUAUUGAAUUUGGCCGGGAAGACCCUGGCCCUGGACAUGCAUUCAUCCACCACCACAAUGGAUGUGAUGGAUUCAAUUACAGCCAGGGAAGGAAUCCCCCAGAGCCUGCAACGACUUGUGUACUCGGGCAAACAGCUGGACGAAACUGCUAGCUUGAGUGAAUAUGGUGUUGGUACAGGAAGUACUCUCCAUUUGCUGCUCCGCCUUCCUGGUGGUAUCAUUGAACCCAGUUUACGUAUGCUUGCUUCAAAAUACAACUGUGAGAAGAUGAUCUGCCGAAAGUGCUAUGCUCGCCUUCACCCACGUGCUACCAACUGCCGUAAAAGGAAAUGUGGCCACAGUAAUAAUCUGCGGCCCAAGAAGAAGCUAAAGUAAACAUUACAUAUUUUAUUGUGAUGUUCAACUGAAUAAACGUUUAAGUAUCUA